CUUUUUGAUGUACAUUCAACAGAAGCAAAGCUUUUUGAUGUACAUUCAACAGAAGCAAAGCUUUUUGAUGUACAUUCAACAGAAACAAUGCUUUUUGAUGCAAAGCUUUUUGAUGUACAUACAACAGAAGCAAUGUUUUUUGAUGUACAUUCAACAGAAGCAAAGCUUUUUUAUGUACAUACAACAGAAGCAAUGCUUUUUGAUGUACAUAAAACAGAAGCAAAGCUUUUUGAUGUACAUUCAACAGAAACAAUGCUUUUUGAUGCAAAGCUUUUUGAUGUACAUACAACAGAAGCAAUGUUUUUUGAUGUACAUUCAACAGAAUCAAAGCUUUUUGAUGUACAUACAACAGAAGCAAUGCUUUUUGAUGUACAUACAACAAGCAAAGCUUUUUGA